UUGAACAUCUUCAAGCUGCCAGCCAGAGCCAGGAGCAGUCAGCAUUUAAGUACACCACGGCGCUCCGGGUAUCUCCAACGGAUCAUCUCUUGCUAACCAGCCAGCACCGGAUAAUGCUAGAGCUGGGCAAGUAAUGCGAGAAAAAUUGCCAGAUAUGAGACGGCUUCUGAUUUGCCUCUCUCUCCUGGUGCAUCUGUUGUCAAGCGCAGAGGGACAAGUCUUUGCAGGCAGUUGCUCAUUUGAUGAACAUUACAGCAGCUGCGGAUACAUCCUGGCUCUUGGGACCAAUGGAUUCACCUGGGAGCAAAUUAACACAUGGGAAAAGCCAUCCACUGAUCCAUCUGUGCCAACAGGAUCCUUUAUGAUGGUAAACAGCUCUGGGCGAAUAUCAGGACAGAAGGCUCAUCUCUUAUUACCUGUAUUAAAAGAGAAUGAUACACAUUGCAUUGACUUUCACUAUUUUCUGUCAAGCAAAGACAGAUCAAGUCCGGGUGCUUUAAAUGUCUAUGUGAAAGUUAAUGGUGGACCUCAAGGAAACCCUGUGUGGAAUGUGUCUGGGAUAGUUACUGAAGGAUGGAUUAAGACAGAACUGGCUAUCAGCACAUUUUGGCCGAACUACUAUCAGGUUAUUUUUGAAUCAGUUGCUUCAAAGGGCCAUCCUGGAUACAUUGCAAUAGAUGAAGUUAGAGUACUUGCUCAUCCUUGCAGGAAAGCCCCUCAUUUUCUCCGGCUUCAGAACGUGGAAGUGAACGCAGGACAAAAUGCCACAUUUCAGUGUAUUGCUGGUGGAAAGUGGUCCCAGCAUGACAAGUUAUGGUUGCAGCAAUGGAAUGGAAAGGAUACAGCAUUGAUGGUAACUAGGGUGGUUAACCAUAGGCGUUUUUCUGCCACUGUAAGUGUGGCAGAUACAUCACAGAAGACCACAAGUAAAUACAGAUGUGUGAUUCGAUCAGAAGGAGGUUCAGGAGUGUCCAACUAUGCAGAACUAAUUGUGAAAGAUCCACCCACACCUAUCGCUCCACCCGAGCUUUUGGCAGUUGGUGCAACCUAUUUAUGGAUCAAACCCAAUGCAAAUUCCAUAAUUGGAGAUGGCCCCAUCAUUCUAAAGGAAGUGGAGUACCGUACCACUGCAGGAAAUUGGGCUGAAACGCAUAUUGUGGACUCUCCUACCUACAAAUUAUGGCAUCUCGAUCCAGAUGUGGAAUAUGAAAUAAGAGUUCUACUGACAAGACCUGGGGAUGGGGGAACAGGACCUCCAGGUCCUCCCCUUACUACUAGGACCAAAUGUGCAGAUCCAGUGCAUGGACCUCAGAGCGUAGAAGUUGUGGAUGUCCGAUCACGACAGUUGACUAUACAUUGGGAGCCAUUUGGUUAUGCGGUCACUCGUUGCCAUAGCUACAAUUUGACUGUUCAGUAUCAGUAUGUGCUUGGUCACCGGGAGUACACAGCAGAAGAACUGAUGCAGACAUCAUCCCACUAUACACUGCGGGGACUACAUCCAUACACUACGGUGAAACUCCGGCUGGUAUUGGUUAAUCCAGAAGGAAGGAAAGAUAGUGACGAGAUAGUUAUACAAACUGAAGAAGAUGUGCCUGACCUGGUGCCCUUGGAAUCAAUUCAAGGAGGUCCAUUUGAGGAGAAGAUAUAUCUACAGUGGAAGCCACCAAACGAAACUAAUGGAAUAAUUACCCUCUAUGAGAUAACCUACAAGGCUGCUGGUUCCUUUGACCCUAAUGUGGAACUAUCUAGCCAAAGAGGGAGGGUGUUCAAACAACGAAAUGAGACACACCACUUAUUUGUUGGGCUUUACCCAGGAACAACAUACUCUUUCACAAUAAGAGCGAGCACAGUGAAAGGAUUUGGGCUGCCAGUUACCACCCGUAUUACGACAAAAAUUUCAGCCCCUUCAAUGCCACUGUAUGAUACUGAUGCACCACUGAAUGAGUCGGACACAACCAUCACAGUCCUGUUGAAGCCAGCUCAAUCAAGAGGAGCUCCAAUCAGUGCCUAUCAACUGGUUGUUAAGGAAGAACACUUACAAAAGUCCAGGAGGGCAGCAGAUAUUAUUGAGUGCUUUCCUGUCGCAGUCAGCUACAAGAAUGCUUCUGUACUUGAUUCACUGCAUUACACUGCUGCAGAGCUGAAACCUGUGAACCUUCCUAUGACCCAGCCAUUUACUAUUGGAGAUAACAAAACGUACAAUGGCUUUUGGAACCCGCCACUUUCCCCACUGAAAAGCUACAGCAUAUACUUUCAAGCACUCAGCAAAGCUAAUGGGGAGAUCAAAAUCAGCUGUUUGCGACUGGCAACAAAAGGUGCCUCAACGCAGAACUCCAACACAGUGGAGCCAGAAAAACAAGUCGACAACACAGUGAAAAUGGCUGGAGUUAUUGCAGGAAUCCUAAUGUUCAUCAUCAUCAUGCUGGGAGUAAUGCUGAUAGUUAAAAAACGGAGGAGUGCUUAUUCCUACUCAUAUUACCUGAAACUAGCGAAGAAGCAGAAGGAAACACAGAACAGCACCCAACGGGAAAUGGAACCUGUGGUAACAGCAACAGACAAGAGUUGUAACAAACACAGAUCAGCACAAAGAGAUGAUGCAUUAUCAACAGAUCAAGAAGCAUCCAAUGCAGUAAUAGACAGCAACCAUGAGGAUAUCAGUCAGCCAACUAGAGUCGUUCAAACUCAUUCCUACAGAAACUGUGAACCUGUUGAAAUGUCAUAUCAAACUGGACACCUUCAACCUGCUAUAAGAGUAGCAGAUUUACUGCAGCACAUCACACAGAUGAAAUGUGGCAAGGGCUAUGGCUUUAAAGAAGAGUACGAGAGUUUGCCGGAAGGACAGUCAGCAGCUUGGGACACUGCCAAGAAAGAGGAAAACCGCUCCAAGAACCGAUAUGGGAAUAUCAUUGCUUCAACAAAACAAGGAAUAUACAUUCCUCUAAGGCUGGGAACAUUUAAAAGAAAGAAAGAUGAUCAUUCUCGAUUGCGACUUCAACUGCUAGAUGGAGAUCCCCACUCAGAUUAUAUAAAUGCCAACUACAUCGAUGGUUACCAUAGGCCACGCCACUACAUAGCUACUCAAGGUCCUAUGCAGGAGACAGUUAAAGAUUUCUGGAGAAUGAUUUGGCAGGAGAAUUCAUCCAGUAUCGUCAUGGUAACUAAUCUGGUGGAAGUGGGAAGGGUGAAAUGCUGCAGAUAUUGGCCAGAUGAUACCGAGCUGUAUGGAGAUAUUAAAGUAACACUUGUUGAGACAGAACCACUAGCAGAGUAUGUUAUACGGACUUUCACAGUUCAAAAGAAGGGUAAUCAUGAAAUUCGAGAGAUUAGACAGUUCCACUUUACCAGCUGGCCUGAUCAUGGAGUACCAUGCUAUGCAACAGGCUUAUUGGGAUUUGUAAGACAAGUAAAGUUCCUUAACCCAGCUGAUGUUGGUCCCAUUAUAGUACAUUGCAGUGCGGGCGCAGGGAGGACAGGAUGUUUUAUUGCUAUUGACAUCAUGCUUGAUAUGGCAGAAAGUGAAGGUGUCGUGGACGUUUACAAUUGUGUCAGAGAACUUCGCUCGCAGAGGGUCAACAUGGUACAGACAGAGGAGCAGUAUGUCUUUGUUCAUGAUGCAAUUUUGGAGGCAUGCUUAUGUGGAAACACAACAAUACCAGUCUGUGAAUUCAGAGCGAUGUUUUAUAACAUCAGCAAAGUGGACCCACAAACCAACUCCAGCCAGAUUAAAGAUGAGUUUCAGACAUUAAAUAUUGUAACUCCUCGUGUACGAGCUGAGGAUUGCAGUGUUGGUUUAUUGCCACGCAAUCACGACAAGAACCGUAAUAUGGACGUACUCCCACCAGACAGAUGUCUCCCAUUCCUUAUUUCUGUAGAUGGUGAAACAAACAACUACAUAAAUGCUGCACUCAUGGAUAGCCACAAGCAGCCUGCCGCAUUUAUUGUCACACAGCACCCUUUACCAAAUACUGUGACAGAUUUCUGGAGACUAGUGUUCGAUUACCAUUGCUCGGCAAUAGUAAUGUUGAAUGAACUUGAUGCUGCACAGCUCUGCAUUCAAUACUGGCCAGAGAAAAGUCUGUGUUGCUAUGGUCCUAUCCAAGUGGAAUUCAUCUCAGCAGACUUUGAGGAGGACAUCAUUGUUCGGGUUUUUCGCAUCUACAAUAUGGCACGACCUCAAGAUGGGUACCGCAUUGUGCAGCAGUUCCAGUUUAUUGGUUGGCCAUCAUACAGGGACACGCCAGUGUCAAAACGCUCCUUCUUGAAACUGAUCAGGCGCCUGGAGAAAUGGCAAGAAGAGUAUGAUGGGGGUGAUGGUCGUACUGUGGUACAUUGCUUCAAUGGUGGUGGGCGAAGUGGAACACUUUGUGUAGUUCGCAGUAUCUGUGAGAUGAUUCAUCAACAGAAUAUAAUAGAUGUUUUUCACACAGUCAAAACUCUACGAAACAACAAAUCCAACAUGGUAGAUACACUGGAGCAAUACAAAUUCUGCUAUGAUGUGGCACUGGAGUAUUUGAAUUCAUUCUGAACUUUUGUGAUGAGAAGAUUCAUUGUGAUAGCACAGUGAUAAUUUUAUCAAAAAAAAGUCUUCAUAUUCUGUAUAAGAAAAACAUGUGCAUCCAGAAAAUGUUCGCAUAAAUUCGUGUUUUCAAGGAUCAUGUUGAAACCAGAAAGGGAAACAAGCAGAAACUCAGUACUAAUCACACACAUUAUCCACAAGAACUACCUGGAUUGGCUGUAGGCCAAAGUGUUGGACUACUCCAUCUUUCACCGGAGUUGUGCUUGUGCCAGAAGUAUAUUGAUGUCAUCAGUUUAGAUGGAGAUUUUGCCAGCUGUUCAUUUUGUCAGUUGUCCUUGUAUAUUACAUUCCACUGUGUUUAAAUUGUUUGCAUAACAGUACUAAUAAAUGCUAUCUAUAAUCUAUUAUUAGCAAAGUUUUAUUCAGCAUUUUUUAAGUAAUUGGGAUUAGAAAUGCUAAAUAAAAUGAAGCAAUAAUAUUCCUGUUGGGUAUUGAUUUCCUGUUAAUUUUGAUGUUCCCACUAGCAGCAGCUUCCAUUAAAAUGGUACAGUUUGGGAGCACCAAUUGUUUUGUGAGAAUAAGAGUUUAAAACAUCAAUGCAACCUUCAAAGAGCCCACUAUAAAAUUUUCAACAACUCUUCAGGUAUCUAACCUUUAAACAAGUGAGCAACUUUUGAUUAUGUGUGACAGAGUCAGCUGAAGAUGUACCUUUCACAAUAAUAUUCGCUGCUUUGUCCAGUAAAGCAAUGGGGCGUGUUAAAAAGAGCGAUUUAUAUGUGAAAUCGAAAGAUAAAUCAUGUGGAUGCUGGAAACCUGAAACAACAGCAAGAACUGGUUAAAAAGCACAGCAUAUUGAAGGGAAAAAUAGGUUUAAAUUUUUGAUGUGACCCUUCAUCAGAAAUAUGAGUUCCGAUGAAUGCUCUCACCCAAAGGUUAACCCAUUGUUUUUCUUUUCGUAGGUUGAGCUAUGGACAUUUCCAGCAUUUUCUAUGUUUAUGUGGAGGAGAUUCAUUUCAUCUGAGGCACGGUUUUCAAUUCAUUGGUUAACACCUUUGCAUUAAAUUGUCUGCUAUUCUAACACAGUCAUUAAUCUGCAAAAAAAUAAACAGAUUAGAAUGACUGCCUUGAAAUAGACCAGACAGAAAUUUAACAUAACUGCAUUAACCAGAGCACCGAUAAUAACACAGAGAAAAUUAAACUCUCAGGCAUUCUAUACGUGUUCUCUCUGAUUUAUGGAGCCAUCAGUAAGGUGCAUUAGAUCAGAAGGUUGUAGUACCUAAGGGCCUUGUAAAGGUGGUUUGGGUGUGAUUUAGUCAGUUUCAUUAAGCUCAUUGUUACUGACAGAAAGCAAGACUGUAGCAUAAACCAAGUACAUCUCUUUUAUUGAGAUCUUGUCAAAGCACCAUUCUCAUACUUUUUCAACACUUUAUAAACUGUUUAUUAACUUACAAUUCUUGUAGAUUACAUGAACUCCUUAAAUACGUAUUUGUAAGAGAGGAACAAAAAUUGAGUUAUACAAAGUCCUUAAACUUUGGAAGGACCUUAGAAAUUCUACCUCCUAUCAGGUUGUUUGGUUGUCAGUUUAAUAUCAUUCUUCAAUGACUGAAGAAUAUCUGUGAAGGACUUAAGUUUGUCUGGUAUAUUUUUCUUUAUAAUUUAUUUUACUUUGCUGUGAUUGUACAUCAGUUGUGCAUCAUUUAUACAAUUUUAACCAGUAUAAAAUUAUUUUCUCCUCCUUUGUUUGGCUUUACCAAAAGGGCAUACAUGGUAUUGCACAAACCUUGAAACAUCUGCCCUGCCUAUGUAAAGUAUAAAUACGAUGUAGAAAGAUUUGCUCCAAACGAAAAAGGUCAAAUCUGUGGUACAGUAUUAAAUCUCAGUAAAGUUCACAGUAUUAUUAAUAUAUGGCUGAAUAAUAUCUAAAAUCGAGAUUAGCUGGCCAAAGUCAGUAAAUUCUUGCAAAGGCCUUGGUGUUGAAGAACAAAUUCUACAUUAUUCAUUAUUUGACCAUAAACGAUUAAAGCAGAAUUCCUUGUUCUUAUUACUGCAAGAAGCAAAAGCAAAAAAGUAACAUUAUUGUAAAGGCAAACAGCAUUCUGAAUUGCCGACAGUUAGGCACUAUUUACUUAAAAUAAAUUAAAUUGUUCCAUGCUGAACUAUGUGUCAAUGGCUGUUACAAAUGAUCUAGUAGGCUUUAUGCUGUAACAGUGAGCUGUAAUCUAAUUCAAGCACUGUUCUUUUACUGUGCUUGUGUCAGCAUUCCCCCCACCUCCUCCCCCUCCCCUCCAAAACAUUUCAGCAUAAGACGUCCUGGAUUAUUCACUGUAGGCUCCCUAAUUUAAAUAAUAACACAGCAUAAUCAGAAAAGUAAACCAAUGUACAAGCAAGAAAAUAAUCAAACCAAGUUUCUUCUCCUGUGUCCAUUGGUGUUCGUUGUUUCCUUCUCAGCUCAGUUUCUGUGUUUGGUAGAUGAAAGCAUGUUUGAAUAGCUUCACUGUGUAAUAUUCUGUAGCAGGUUACUUUUCUAGCUUUCUAAAUUGUGGUGAGUUAUGUUAAGUCAAAUAAUAUAUGAAAUAUAUUUUUGACAGUACAUAAAAGUAAUGUGAUCUUUUUACAACUGUAAUGCCAUCUGACUAAUUUAUUCUUAUAUGUUGUAAGGAAAUGUUUGUAAAAUGGGCCUUGUGCCAUCUGUAUAAUAAAAUAAAUGGAAUAUGUGAUGCA